GUGCGCUAUUUAUAUGUAUCUAUAUAUAUAAAAUGUGUAUAUACAGACACUUUACAACAGAUCCAGAAGACCUGUAAAGUGCAUUGGCAGCUUGAUACUCACACACACAAACACAAUCAUCAUGUUAAAGUGCCAAAGAAUUCUGCGUCCAGCUGUGACGGUGAACGCUAGAGUCGCGCUACGUCGACGUGGUUUGCAGACGGCUACCCGUGCGUUCUGCAGUCCCCUCCGAUCGUCGCGUGCGGUACAGAAGCCGUACCACUGGAACUACACACGAGCGUUCAGGACAAGCGCCACAUGUCACAAGGCCAUCAGCUUCAACCUCGCAGACAUUGGCGAGGGUAUUGCCGAGGCGGAGGUGCUGCAAUGGUUCGUCGAAGUAGGGGAUAAGGUCGAAGAAUUCGAUCCCAUCUGCGAAGUGCAGAGUGACAAAGCCACAGUAGAGAUCACAUCACGGUACAACGGUACAAUCUUGAGGAAACACUACGAAGUGGGCGACAUGGCCAAGGUCCAGGCGCCUCUGGUCGACAUCGAUCAAGAGGGCUCUGGUGGCGAGUCCAGUGCAGAUACUACAGCAACCAAGGACCAACAAACACCCACCCCACAACAACCAACUCCAUCAUCAUCAUCUGGGGCAACGGGUGACGCAGAGGCUCACACGGCACAUCAUCGCAAGGAGCCGGUCAACUUUGUGGAGGUGGAGAAGGCCUUGGCCACGCCGGCUGUACGCCGUAUUGCGCGAGAGAAUGAUAUUGAUUUGAGGACGGUCCCCAGCUCCGGUAAAGACGGCCGUGUGCUGAAGGAAGACAUCCUGGAAUUCCUCGACAACGGUGGCGUCACCAAAGACGCACAAACCGCAAAGUCCGACUCAGCCGACUCAUCCACAGACACCGGCGCGCACGUACACAAGCGUUCAGGCAUGCUACUCACCCGAGAAGACACCAAGAUUCAGGUCAAGGGUGUGCAGAAGGCGAUGGUGAAGAGUAUGAUGGCGGCCAAUGGGGUGCCCCACUUCACCUAUGGCGACGAGCUGAACAUGAACAACCUCAUCACUCUGCGAACCCAGCUCAAGCCUAUUGCCGCCGCCAGCGGCGUGAGUCUGUCGUAUCUACCGUUUAUUUUGAAGGCCAUGUCGCUGGCACUCAACGACUAUCCCAUGGUCAACGCACACGUGAACGACGAUGCGUCAGAGGUCAUAUACAAGGGCGCGCACAACAUCCGCGUUGCCAUGGAUACGCCGCAAGGUCUGUUGGUCCCAAGUGUGAAGAAUGUCCAAGAUUUGUCCAUCUUCGAGAUCGCCGCUGAACUGAAUCGCCUGCAAACAGCGGGAGCCGCAGGGAAACUGACCACCGAAGACAUGUCGAACGGAACCAUCUCCUUCUCAAACAUCGGCGCUAUCGGUGGCACCUAUAUGCGCCCUGUACUUGUUUGUCCAGAGGUAGCCAUCGCUGCCAUUGGCCGUGUGAUGUCAGUGCCUCGCUUCGAUGACAAGAUGGAGGUGUAUAACGCCCAGAUUGCGAAUAUCAGUUGGUCAGGUGAUCAUCGAGUACUGGAUGGCGCCACCAUGGCACGAUUCAGCAAUACGAUGAAAUCUUAUGUGGAAGACCCACACACUAUGUUAAUGCAUAUGAAGUAAACACCGUCUAGGGUUGAUUUAGUUAUGGUCUGUGGUAGAUAGAACGAUGGAGAUAUGAAAGCAUAUUGGUUCUAAGCAGGCGAAUGUAGAAAGUCAAUAAAUGUAUAUAGUAAUCAAGGUAA